CGUCAACCUUCGAGGUGACUGCACUUUGGAAGGGAUUGGCAGCAAUCUGAGCAGAUCUGACUCGGAGCAGUACCACGCCAGUAGCUCAUUUGAAAUAUAAAUAUAGACGCCCACGCUGUUGAAGUUGGUCACUGACUCUGAGCUUUCAACUUCACAGAACUUUGCAUCUAUUCCUCAGCAGCUUUCAGUUCUUUCUCCGGCAAUAGCUCUAGCAUUGCCCGUUACAACGACGCCGGGCAUUACUAUCGUGAUUUCAGGACGUCCUACUCUUAGUCCAGGUACUCUUCCCGGAUUGACGUCAAGUGAAUACUGCCGCGGAGAGUGGGGACUCUUGCUGGCGUGAUAUGUGGAUAUGUCGUUGAUUAGCGACCCAGACUUUCUCAUCCACAGUCUACGCCUGAAUUACCUUCGGAACGUAGAUGAUACCUAUGGGUCUCGAAUAAUCUCCCUCGAGCCAUCCUACCAAACGAACCCUUAUGUCAUUACAUCUGGUCUAGCGGAUGUUCAACGAUGGCCCGAGCUCACUGCACCGUCUAGUCCGCCCAUCAGCGAUGAUGAAUCUGGGCGAUCGGGUGCUCAUACAUCUGGCUACCCUGGUGCGUCGGGACUUAAAUAUACAACCACAAUUAUGGGUCCUCGACGUGUAGGAGCUAUGGGGCUUCGGGUAUCAGGGAAGCGUGCGUCCAUAUCGAAAACAUCUGUGCGGAAUUCGAUACGUUCAGAGAAGGCCGGGAACGGUGCUACACCAGACGACCCUAUCAACGUCGAUAUCGUUGAACCAACACCAAUCGACCAAGCAUCGCCCAACCUCAGCCAUAAGGUUCUCGACGAAAGUCCUAUAGCUAAUGGAGGAGCUAUUGCUGAGGCCGCCUCCAAGUCUCCAAUUCAGCAACCCCAACGACCUCAGGAAGACCUUAAACCCCCACCCCAAAAUGUGGCCAUGCCGUUUAUACCCAAGUUCAAGGGUGCAGCAGAAAUGGAGGCCCGGCGCCGUCUUCGUAUGAUGAAUCGUGUUCCGCCGGGUGGCGCGCCUAUGAGACCCGCCAUGGUAGCUGCAGCCCAUCUCAACCCCGAGCUUUCCUCCUCUUCCGAGUCCGAGUCGGAUGUUGGUGAAGAAGAGCCUUCUGGAGAUGAAGAAGAAGACGAGUUUGACGAUGACGCGCAGGAUAUCGAUGACAGUAUUGAAGUAGAUGCCGAUGAGUUCGAUCCUGACUUUGCUGCCAGUCGUGGCGGCAUAGGUAUUGACGCUGACUCGGAUGGCCUGUCCCUACUCUCAGGCUCAGGCUCCAUAAACUCAGCCAACUUCUCUAUGGUGGGCUCUUCGGUACCUUUGGGCAGCGCACGAAACCGAAAUCGCCUCAGUCCCGUGCGCGAAAGUCGUAUAUCCGAGGAAAAGUCUGCCAACGUCUCUCCCGAUCACGACUCUGGUCCAGAUAAUUCUUACUUCGAAAUGGUUACUCCAGCACCGCCUAGUGCCUCACAAGCCAGGAAGACUAAAUUGCAGAAUGGCUUCAAUGAGUCACCGCGUCAACCUGGCUCUGACUUGUUCAUUCGGCGACCUACUCCUCCCGUACAAGCAGCAAAGUCUGCCCUCACAGCUAUGCUUGCGACAACAUCCAAUAGUUCUUCCUCUAACCCCUUCACGGAACUGUACAGCGCUAUUUCAGGCCGUUCCGAGGGCGACAGCAUUUCUGUCUCUGUGUUUUUUCCCCAUGCACGUGAGCCUGCUAAUCGCGUUAUGGAGUUGAAUGUACGGAAGGACUCUACAGUUGAGGAAGUGUUAGGGUUCGCCUUAUGGACAUAUUGGGAGGAAGGUUGGCUGCCGAAGUUAGACGAAGGUCUAGACGGCGAGGAAGACCCGAAAUGGGACAUCAAGUGUUCUGCACUUGGUUGGAUAUUGAGGAUUGCAGAAGAAGACGGUGAAGUGGACGAAGAUUUCCCGCCGCCAGAUCGAACGGGUAGAAUAUCGAAAUUCAACUUCGACGCUUAUGCUGUGUUGGAAGCUUCCGCGGCCCAAGUGCAGCAGAACAAGAUUCUGGAUUCGAAGAUCCAGAGGCGUCCUUCGCGUAUUGUGAUCAAGAAGAAGAAAUCCACUGGGUUGCUUAAUGCGACGGCAGGACUUGUCCCUCCGGGUUCGGAGUCAUUGUUUGCUGCAUCUGCGAGCGCAGGUCUUACAUCAACGCUGGGAACAUCUGUUGGCAUGUUCCCAAGUUCGUUGGGCCCUUCAAGCAGUCAUGGCCCUCCGAUGUUCUUGCGUAUCCGGAUUGCGGAUACAGCAGAUGCAGGGCAUGUCUCCACUACUAUUCAAGCUUCUGGAGGAAUGUACAUGGCUGAAGUCCUUGAAGCAGUCUGUCUCAAGCGUAAGCUGCCCAACCCGAAAGACUAUGCGCUCGUGGUGGAUAUGAAUGGAAUGAAGAUCCUAAUCCCUCUCGACCGAACUGUCAAGAGUUUGCAGGGCAAACGAGACUUGAUGCUAAUCAAGAAGAACAUGUUACAGCAUUAUGGUGUGGAGUUGACCAAACGAAAUGGUCGAUCGACGGAUCCAAAUGCUUCAAUAUUCAAGAGAACGUCAGAGGUUCCGGAACAGGUUUACAGCUCCGUUUUCGAUUAUACCACUGCGUACAAGCGAUACACUGUGUACCGGAAAGUACCUAUGCUGGUCACUCGUAGUGCUCGGGCUCUGGCCAUUGACGGAGGUUACAUUCAUAUUAUGCCGCAGAGUAACAAGGCGAAGAACGUUUUCGACAGCGGAAAGACGGUUUCGUAUGAUAUCAAGAGUAUUGUUGCUGUUCAGCAAUCAAGCAAGAACAGCGCUACUUUCAAGCUUGUCGUCCAUCGCGAGUCUGAACGCAAUAAACGCUACGAGUUCGAGGCAGAAAGUCCAAAAAUUGCCAAUGAGAUUGUGCAAACCAUUCGCGGAUUAAAAUCGACGUUGGAAAGGUCUGGUACCACAAAGCAGAGCAGGCGGAGUAGGCAGGUUGGUUGAGGCGCACGUAGGAUUGGAUGUAAUGAUAUGGUUUGUAUUUUGAAUAUUCUGUCUCCCUCUGCUGUUGUAAGCUAUCAUUCAGUUUGUGUACCAAUAGUCAAUGAUCGCAUUUCUUCAUGAACCGGCACAGUGUAACCUGGUCCUUCAUGCACGUCGAUCUUGAUGUGACUGACAGCUGGCGUUGAAUAGAUAAGAUCUGAAGAACUGUUUGUGUAUGCUCUGCAGCAAUUAUGACGGUGGAAUAGAAUACAUGAAUACGUCCUGUAGUAGGUAUGAAGAGAUAUGUUGACACUACCGUGCACGGCAAAUGACCUCGCCAUCCAAGGAAAGUUGGACUGCCUCCCUAGCUUCCACCCACUCGUGCUCUCUAUCCUUCGUCUUCACUACUGCAAUCUCGCCCAUGCCCAAAGGCUUGAUAUUUUGUGCUCGCCGUCCCGAACAUAUCCGCCGAAUUUCAGAAGCAGACAUAUACAUUGGUUUACUGGGCUUGCUGAUGAGUGACAUGCCAGUCAAUACCGGCCUGUCAUCGCGGUACUUGAGGUCUGCCCAUAUUCGUUUCUGGUUCUCGGCAGCAGCAUGGAAUUCAAUAGGCGAGGGUUGAUCAGGAGUUCCUCGAGUCACUGAGGAAAGGAAUCCUGCCCGAAAUAGGAUGGAUAGAAUAGCGAGGUUUUGAACGGUAUGAGGGACGGAGAUACGAGCGUGCCUUGCUCGGAAUGCAUUUUGGACGUG